CUCUCUCUCUCUCUGCAGUGUUCUAGUGAAUGGAGAUGAAACUCAGUACACUGCAUCUUUAAACCGGAGCGCUCCUCCUCUUCCUCCUCCUCCUCUUCCUCCUCCUGCUGUUGCUGCUUAUUACUGCCUGUCAAAGUGCGGGACUCUAAAAAAAACGAGGGGAAAAGGGGGAAAGAAGAAAACCUGAGAGUCUCAGAGGAAGAGGAACACGACGUGCUCCUUCACUGGGAACGAGUAGAGACACGUCGGGCGCUCGCGCGCUGACCGGAUGUGCGCUUCUCUCAUGGAGGUUUCCGUGAACGCGCCUCGAGUUGGAGGAGUAAAAGUCUGGUGUGAUUAGGAUUUUCGUGCUCUCGCGCGCUCGGUGUGUGUGUGUGUGUGUGUGUGAGAGAGUGUGAGUGAGCGUAUGAAUGUGUGUUGUGAGUGCGCGUGCGCGCGCGCUACUUUGUGUCGAUUGGACUACUCGGAUGUUUUUGUGAUCUGUUUGGGAAUUUUGUCGGGGUUUUGAAGAGCGCGUACCCUGAGCUUCUCAGGUUCUCCGCUUCUUCUCAGGGCGCAUGUUGGUAUUUUACCCUCCGUGAUCGGAAUCCGUUUCCAAAACCACCACCCCUCCACCACCACCCCCCCGAUGCCCCAGCAGCAGCCCUGAUGUGGGGGAAAAGUGCGGCAUGGCUGCAGGACGAGCUGAAGUCCAGGCUCAACUCCCUGCUGCUGCUCGACUGCCGCUCGCACGAGCUCUACGAGUCCUCACACAUCGUGUCCGCCAUCCACCUCGCCAUCCCGGGCCUCAUGCUCCGCCGCCUGCGCAAAGGCAACCUGCCCAUCCGCUCCGUCAUCCCCAACGACGACGACAAGGAGCGCUUCAUCCGCCGCUGCAAGAGCGACACCGUGCUGCUCUACGACGAGAGCCGCCGGGACCACCGCGGGUCUGCCGCCGGGACUACCGCCGGGUCGGUGCUCACACUCCUCAUGCACAGACUGCGGGAAGACGGAUGUAAGGCCUAUUACCUGGAGGGAGGGUUUAAUAAGUUCCACAUGGAGUACCCGGGGCACUGCGAGACGAACCUGGACUCGUUGUGUCUGAGCAGUUCUCCUCCCGUCUCAGUUCUGGGUCUGAGCGGGUUAAAGAUCAGCUCGGACGGCUCGGAUGGAGAAUCGGAUCGGGAGCCGAGCAGCGCCACUGAGUCGGAUGGUAGCCCGUUACCUAGCAACCAGCCGCCGUUCCCGGUGCAGAUCCUUCCCUACCUGUAUCUGGGCUGCGCUAAAGACUCCACCAACCUGGACAUCCUCGGCAAAUACAACAUCAAGUAUAUCUUGAACGUGACACCAAAUCUCCCCAACGUGUUCGAGCACAAUGGGGACUUCAAGUACAAACAGAUUCCCAUCUCCGAUCACUGGAGCCAGAACCUGUCACAGUUCUUCCCCGAAGCUAUCUCCUUCAUCGAGGAAGCUCGAUCUAAGAAGUGCGGUAUCCUGGUGCACUGCCUGGCAGGGAUCAGUCGCUCGGUCACGGUGACGGUGGCAUAUCUGAUGCAGAAACUUAACAUGAGUCUGAACGACGCUUACGAUUUUGUUAAGCGCAAAAAAUCCAACAUCUCGCCCAACUUUAAUUUCAUGGGGCAGCUGCUUGACUUCGAGCGGACGCUGGGAUUAAACAGCCCGACUUGUGACAACCGAUCACCCAAGGACCAGCUGUUCUUCACCACACCCACCAAUCACAACGUUUUCCAGCUUGAUACACUCGAGUCCACGUGAAAAUACGCCAUAAUUAAUGUUUUUGCCUCCAGAGGGAAAGUUUAUAAACGCAGUUUCGGGCAGUGUUGAAUGGUUGAAAAUGCCCGGAAAACUGAUUGUGAAAGCAGAACCACAGAGACACAGUUUCAGCCACCAGGGCAGCUUCUCUUGCCUUUUAGAAACGGACUGUUCUCUUUUUUAAUUUUUUUUAAAUAAAGAGGAAACAAGAGACCAAAUGAAACCAGACAAAAAUUUAUCAAGUUUUUACAACAACACACUUCUUGUCCUGAUGGGUGCCAAUCUGGAAUUAAUUCUUUUUUAUUUUUUCUUCAGAAAGAACACACAACCUAAUAUAGAUAUUUAAAAAAAAUAUGCAUUGAAAAUGCCAUAUAUCUGAACCAACAGCUUCUAGAAAUUCCUGGUUAUACCUGACCAACAAUAAUGUUUGUGGGAAUUUUCUUUUUUUGUUUUUUGUAAUUGUUUAUUUUAACCUAAAGCUCUUUGCACAGGGAAGCAUUUUACUUUUUUGGCACUUGAAACUGGUACACGAAUAAAAAGAGACAUUUUGAGGUCGUUAAAGUCGUUAACAAACUUCCGCACUUCCUUCCUAAAAUUUUUUUUAUUUCUUUAUUGACUCAUGCUCAGGCCUCAGCUCUUGAUAAUAUAACAGUAUCGCGACCUGGCAUGGUUGAUUGUGUGUCUGCUCGGCUCAAGAUGGUGGUUGCUAGUAAACGAGUGUUUAGGAUUGUUUUUUUUGACUACUCUUGUCGUUGCUGCAUUUAGCAGGACGGCAGGAAGUGUGUGGCGGGAGCGUUUCUACAGGAAGAAACAUUCGAUCGGACUGGAAAGGGACAUGUAGGAGAUUGCAGGAUUGCUUUAACCCGCCUUAUAUAACCUUUUUUUUUUUUAUUCUUUCCUAUUCUGACUGUUCAGUACUUAUUUGUAUCUCACUUUAGAAAUCGUUAUAAACUUAUUAAAAUGUAAGUGUUUAUUUUUAAAGGAAUCAAUACGUAGUAAUAAUGACAGCUAAUGGUCUCUAACGGGUCAGUCCAGGUUGUAUAUUUGUUACUUCUGCAAUAUUAUCCAAAUCAAUUUUGCAGUAUUUUAUAUAGUUGAGAAAAAAAAUGCCUCGGGUUUUUAAUUACUCUUUUUUGUACAUGAGUAUUUCAAAAUUUCACACUAAAACCUACUGCAAGUUUCUCUGUCCUGCAAUGGAACUGAGUGAACUUUACAUCCAUGAGUUGAACUUGGCAUGUGUUGAUGAUCGUUUACGAGAUACAUCACAAUGUAUAUAUUUAUUCACAACAAUUAUAUAUUUUUAAUCUCAGAUUCACCAAAAUUGCAGCCUCGUUCAGACUGCUGUCUUUUCUGAAAAAGGGAGUCCAAUAAUUCUGUUGAGAGUUUAAAAACCCCAAACAGUGAAGAAGACUGUCGAGAAAUAUAAAUAAGUUAACAUCAAAUAGCAACGCUAUUGAGUCCUAUAUUAAGUUAUUUGUAUUUGUUGUGAAUGAAGUGUAAAAUUAACUCAAAACAUUACCAACCCUGCUAAUAUAUUAUUUACCACAUUAGCCUGUUAUGAGUUAUCGUUCUGCUUGCAGUGAAAUAUGUUGUUUCAUUGUAAUAUUGUAAUACAAUUCAAAAGUAUCAACACAUGACAAGAAGUCGUCACAAAACACAAACUCAUCACACUUUCUUUUGUAUAUGACUGCAUCUGAUUCUGUCUAUAAACUCAACAAGAUCUCAAUAUUGUGCUUGAUAUUGAUAUUCCUGUGGCCUUUUUUGAUGUAUUUGAAUAUAUCUAAUAUAUCUAAAUAUAAAUCUAUAAAUCUAUAUUUUAUGCAGAUAUGCAACCGUCUCCUCCUGAAUAAUUAAUGAGGACGACCAUUUCUCAAGCUUGAAACGACUUUUUAUCUGUUAGGAAGUUAGUAGCCAAUAACCAUCAGGAAACAAAAUGAGGUUUGAGAUUUGAGGCGGGCUGAAGCGAGGGAUUACUAGUUUUUAUUUAUUUUCAAAAACUGGUAUUAGCACAAACUCCAUUUAGUUUCAAAUAAAAACAUUGCCUUUUCCCAGUAUUAAAUAAAGCUUUAAAUACAAUGUAGCAUUGUGUGUAAACAUCCUAACACAGUAAAAAUUACUUUAACACACAUACUACUCAGCAAAGACACCACGCUUUGUUCAUUUAUCUAAUGCGUUAGCCUCUUUACUGUCCUGCUAAUAAAUUUAUUUGACAAAUUAGCAUAUAAUUAACAUGCUAACAUGCAAACUAGUACUGUAUAUACAUAAAAUGAUUUAGCCUGUUUAAUGCUACACAUUGAUUAACAUUACAGUAAACAUGCUAACACACUGAAUAGUAUUGUGUAAAUUGUACAAUAUUGUACAUAAUGUUUAAUGUGUUUAUGUGAUGGUGUUUCUGGUUUAGAUGCGAACGCCAAAACUAGCACUAAAAUGUUUCACAAUGAGUAAAUCACAAAUUGGGUUAUAUUUAUCUUUAAAAUGUGAGAAUAGCACAGUUUUAGUGUAGAGCCCUAACCCUCGCCUCUCGCCUCAAGUCCUACAGCGUUGUGUUAAUGGAACGUUGUGUUUAUUGUUGAAUGGUUGAUUUUGAGCUGCUUCUUCCUGGAGGAAUGUUUGUGUCUCUGUAACAGUAAAUCUUUCUCAUCUGUAUUUUUUUUUCUUUUGCGUCACAGGAGCUUCAAGUUCUGUAUAAAAAUUAAUUGUAGCUACAAAACUAAAAGGAGAAUGAUAAAGAAAGGAUGAGAUGAAUGAGUAAAUGACACGGUGUGUAACUUACCUCACUGAGGACUUUUUCAGGGAUUUUUUGACAAUGCGUGUUCUUGGUGUUACAGCUUCACCUGAUAAUGAUUCGCUGUUUUAUACUUGCUGUACACAUUUUUUUUAAAGAUGCAAUCUAUAUCCUGUAUAAAGUGGGCUUGUUAAUGUGGAUUUUUUCGUUUCUUUUUUGUUCUGAUUUAUGAAGGAUAUGAAAUUGUCCGUUUGCGUUGUACAGUUGUAUGGAAACCAACACGAGACGUUUAUACGGCAAAUAAAUAUUGAAUUAUUUUUUUGGUUAA